GGGCGCGCGCGGGGCCAUGGCCGUGGCGAGCGCGGCGCGGGGGUUCGGCCGGGCGAUGCCGCGGCUGCUGCCGCUCCUCUGCGCGGUGCUCCCGCUGCUGCUGCUGCUGCUGCUGCCGCCGAGCCCGGCCCGCGCCCGCCACAUCAAGAAAGCGGAGGCGGCUGCGGCGGCGUCGCCCGGCGAGGCGCUGCGCUACCUGCACUCGGCCGAGCUGGGCGAGGCGCUGCGGGCGCUGGCGGACGCGGCCCCGCCGGGCCUGGCGCGGCUCUUCAGCAUCGGGCAGUCGGUGGAGAAGCGGCCGCUGUGGGUGCUGCGGCUCACGGCCGGGCUGGGCCCCGAGCGGCCCGACGAGCCGGCGGGCGGCGCGGCCCUGCCCGGGCGGCCGCAGGUGAAGCUGGUGGGGAACAUGCACGGGGACGAGCCGCUGGCGCGGCCGCUGCUGCUGCGCCUGGCGGGGGAGCUGGUGCGGGGCUGGGCCGGCGGCGACGCGCGCAUCGUCCGCCUGCUCAACACCACCGACCUGUACCUGCUGCCCAGCCUCAACCCCGACGGCUUCGAGCGCGCCCGCGAGGGCGACUGCGGCGACGGCGGCGGCGGCGGGGAGGGCGGGCGGGAGAACAGCCGAGGCCGCGACCUCAACCGCAGCUUCCCCGACCAGUUCGGCGCCGCCGAGCCCGACCUGGAGCCCGUGCCCGAGGUGAAAGCGCUCAUCGACUGGAUGAGCCGCAACAAGUUUCUGCUCUCUGGCAAUCUCCAUGGUGGCUCCGUGGUGGCAAGCUAUCCCUACGAUGACUCUCCCACACACAAGCCCACAGGAGUCUACAGUAAAUCAGCUGAUGAUGAAGUCUUCAAAUAUUUGGCAAAAGCUUAUGCAUCUCAUCACCCCAUAAUGAGAACUGGCAAACCCAACUGCCCUGGUGAGGAGGGAGAGACCUUCCAGGAUGGGAUCACGAACGGUGCCCAGUGGUACGACGUGGAAGGUGGGAUGCAGGAUUACAACUACGUGUGGGCCAGCUGCUUUGAGAUCACACUGGAGCUGUCCUGCUGCAAAUAUCCUCCAACCUCUGAGCUUCAGAAGGAGUGGGAGAACAACAGGGAGUCUCUCCUUGCUUUCAUUGAGAAGGUUCACAUUGGUGUGAAAGGCUUUGUCAAGGAUGCAGUCACUGGAGCUGGCCUGGACAACGCGACCAUCGCUGUUGCCGGUAUCGCUCACAACAUCACAGCGGGCAAAUUUGGGGAUUACCACCGGCUGCUCGUGCCUGGGACCUACAAUGUGACUGCAGUUGCCGUGGGUUACACCCCAGUGACCAAAGAGAACGUCGAGGUGAAGGAGGGAGACGCAACAGAAGUGAACUUUUCCUUGCAGCCAACUGUGAUGCCACCAGCUCUUAAUGUCACCCAGUUCGCGACAGCGCCGGCUCCUGCCACUACCGUCACCCCCACCCCUGUGCCGACAGAAGCCCCAAAUCCAACCUCUCUCCAUGAACCCAUCCAGCCCGUGGACUUCCGCCACCAUCACUUCUCGGACAUGGAGAUCUUCCUGCGGCGUUACGCCAACGAGUAUCCCAACAUAACCCGCCUCUACUCUGUCGGCAAGUCCGUGGAGCUGCGGGAGCUCUACGUGAUGGAGAUCUCUGACAACCCCGGCAUCCACGAAGCAGGUGAACCAGAGUUCAAGUACAUCGGGAACAUGCACGGGAAUGAGGUUGUGGGGCGAGAGCUUCUCCUGAACCUCAUCGAAUACCUCUGCAAGAACUUUGGCACAGAUCCUGAAGUGACUGAGUUGGUCCAGAGCACACGGAUCCACAUCAUGCCGUCUAUGAACCCUGAUGGCUAUGAGAGAUCCCAGGAAGGAGACAAAGGAGGUACCGUUGGCAGAAACAACAGCAACAACUACGACCUGAACCGGAACUUUCCAGAUCAGUUUGUCCACGUGACAGACCCUCCACAGCCAGAAACUCUUGCUGUCAUGGCCUGGUUGAAGUCUUACCCGUUUGUGCUGUCGGCAAACCUGCACGGAGGUUCUCUGGUGGUUAAUUACCCCUUUGAUGACGAUGAGCAAGGAAUAGCCAUCUACAGUAAAUCCCCAGACGAUGCUGUGUUCCAGAAGUUGGCACUUGCCUACUCCAAGGAAAAUGCGAAGAUGUACCAGGGAAGCCCUUGUAAGGAUAUGUACCCCACUGAGUACUUCCCACACGGCAUCACUAAUGGGGCUCAGUGGUACAAUGUUCCAGGUGGGAUGCAGGACUGGAAUUACUUGCAUACAAACUGCUUUGAAGUGACCAUUGAGCUGGGCUGUGUGAAAUACCCAAAAGCUGAGGAGCUGCCCAAGUACUGGGCCCAGAACCGCCGAUCACUGCUGCAGUUCAUGAAACAGGUUCACCUCGGCGUCUGGGGCUUUGUGCUGGAUGCUGUGGACAAGAGGGGCAUUCUCAACGCCACCAUCAGCGUGGCCGACAUCAACCACCCCGUGACCACCUACAAGGACGGAGACUACUGGCGCCUCCUGGUCCCGGGGACUUACAAAAUCACAGCGUCCGCCCGAGGGUAUGAUCCAGUCACUAAGAUGGUGGAAGUUGGCAGCAAAGGUGGGGUGCAGGUCAACUUCACUCUGUCACGGACAGACAGCAAAAUGGAGGAGGGAAAGGUGCUGGUCUUGAACACCCCAGACACAAGCAACCCCAACGAGAAGGAGUUUGAGACCCUGAUCAAAGAUCUGUCUGCUGAGAAUGGUCUGGAGAGGCUCCUGCUCACCUCCUCCCGGGAUGUGGCUCCGUACCGGUACCGCCCGUACAAGGACCUCUCCGAGUUCCUCCGAGGCCUCUACCUGAACUACCCACACAUCACAAAUCUCACCAGUUUGGGUCAGAGUGUCGAGUUCCGUCAGAUCUGGUCCCUUGAAAUCUCCAACAAGCCCAACCAGUCUGAGCCCGAGGAGCCCAAGAUCCGCUUUGUUGCCGGUAUUCACGGCAACGCUCCUGUGGGGACAGAGCUGCUCCUGACCCUGGCAGAAUUCCUUUGCAUGAACUACAAGAAGAACGCUGCUGUUACAAAGCUGAUUGACCGGACACGGAUUGUGAUUGUGCCUUCCCUGAACCCGGACGGACGCGAGGUCGCCCAGGAGAGGGGCUGCACGUCCAGCAUAGGCCGGACUAACGCUCAUGGCAGAGAUCUGGACACGGACUUUACAAGCAACUACACCCGGUACUUGGGGACACGAGAGCCUGAGACCAAAGCCAUCAUGGAGAACUUGAUCCUGAAGCAAGAUUUCAGCCUCUCUGUUGCCCUGGAUGGAGGAUCCCUUCUUGUCACCUACCCAUAUGAUAAGCCAACCCAGUCAGUGGAGAACAAAGAAACACUAAAGCAUUUGGCAUCUCUGUAUGCAAACAACCACCCAGUGAUGCACUUGGGCCAGCCAGGCUGUCCAAAUAAGUCAGAUGAGAAUAUUCCUGGUGGUGUGAUCCGUGGCUCUGAAUGGCACAGUCAUUUAGGAAGCAUGAAGGAUUUCAGCGUGACAUUUGGUCAUUGUCCUGAGAUCACUGUUUACACCAGCUGCUGCUACUUCCCGAGCGCUGGACAGCUUCCUGGCCUGUGGGCAGACCACAGGAAAUCUCUCCUUAGCAUGCUUGUGGAGGUUCAUAAGGGAGUGCACGGGAUUGUCCAAGACAAGAGUGGCAAGCCGAUUUCUAAAGCUACCAUUGUUCUGAAUGAAGGUUUGAGGGUCUAUACUAAAGAAGGGGGCUAUUUCCACGUGCUCCUGGCUCCAGGUUUUCACAGCAUCGAUGCCAUAGCCAACGGGUACCAGCAGAAACACGUCAAGAUCUUUGUACGUGAUGAUGCACCCAGCUCUGUCUUCAUAAUAUUUGACACCGAAAACAGGAUUUUUGGACUGCCGAGGGAGCUGGUUAUAACUGUUGCAGGUGCAAGUAUGUCUGCUCUGGUCCUCACUGCCUGCAUCAUCUGGUGUGUCUGCUCCAUCAAGUCCAACAGACACAAGGACGGCUUCCACCGCCUCCGGCAGCACCACGACGACUACGAGGACGAAAUCCGCAUGAUGUCCACCGGCUCCAAGAAGUCCCUCCUGAGCCACGAAUUCCAGGAUGAAACAGACACUGAAGAAGAAACACUGUACUCCAGCAAACACUGACACCUCCCGGGCAGGAAGGAGGUUGCCACGGACCAGAGCCGGUGGUGGGGGGCGGUCCCUGUGGUUCAGUUUUGAGACAUCAGCUUCAGGUGUCCUCCAGAGGGGCAGGUGGCAGCUCCCAGCUUCCCUCUGUUUGCUCUGUCCCUAUGUAUGUGCAAAUCAGUGGGUGCUGGAGGCUGUUUCUGGCAUAAGGACAUGGUUUUGUGACAUUUUUGGGUCAAGAUCUGGAGGUUCACAUGAAGUGGUUUGAGAGGCAACUUGACAGGGUGGCCAGCAGAGGUUUUAGCACUUCCCCAGCAUCUCAGCACAGGGAAUAGAUGGUGGGGAAGUGCCCCAAGACCUACCUGCCUGGAGUCGUGGCUACAACACUCCAAAAAGGUUUCUCUACCUGUUUUGAUUUCAUAUUUUCCACUCUGUGCUUGGGGGGAAGCCAGAUCCUUCACGACUCCACGUUCUGCAGGGCAGCCCUUGGAAAAAGCCCCCCCCAAAAAAGAAAAAAGCCUUUGAUUUUCAGCUGUUCCCUUGGAGCUUUUCCCACCAUGGGAUUCUGUGGCCUGCUGUGAUCUGCAGUGGUUGUGGAGCUCCUCUAAUGUGUCAUUAUUUUCAGGGAGUGGCUUGGCACCCUGAAAGCUGGAGGACAUGACAUCAUUCUUGAUGUGAGCUGGAGAAAGUCAGAGCCUCAGUGAACUCUGACAGAGUUCCAUUGCCUGCCAGCUCUGCCACGGGGCUGUUCCUGACUUCUGGGGAAGAAAGAAACUUUAUCCCCAUCA